CACCUGUUCACAGCUGGUAAUAGGCACCAGCACCUCUCCUGAUCCCGAUGGCAUAAGGGUGUAAGAAGAUGGAUGGAUGGAUGGAUGGAUGGAUGGAUGGAGUGUAAAGCGUGAAAGUGCUCAGUGGUUCUUUACGGUGAUGUUGAGCUGAACUCUUAAUGCUGAACUGGUUCACCAGCCCUGAUAAAAGCUUACAGCCUCGGCUAAAUUCAUGGAAUAAUGAUUUAACAUUCUUUGACCUGCAGUUGGUUAAAAUGCAGGACUGCAGCAAUCUGCAUUAUCUCUGCAUUAUCAGCUAAUAAAAAGUUCAACCGCAGUUUGCAUAAACUCUAAAGGCACAAAACAUUUCCAGAUUUUCUGUGGUCAAAAGCUCCAAAUUUUAGACUGGAAGUAAAAAUUGUGAAAAUUUGUCCAGUUUGUGUUUGAAUAGAAGAGAAAGUGAUGAUGGAGAGGAUGAUGAAGAUGAUAAUGCUCAGGAGGUUCAGGCUGGUCCUGGAUCAGAGUUUUAAUGUUCAACCUGCUGCGGGUCUGACUGCAGCCAUAAAAAUUCCCACCAUUUCUCUGCUCCUUAAACACAUCAGUCCUCCAGAUGUCUGUCCCAGGUUCUGUGUCCAAGUUGGACACCAGGCUGUUAGAGAAACAGGCUUCAUACUACUCUGGAUUCUUCUUCUCCCUCUGGACCCUCUGGACCCCAUGGUCCCUAUGAACGCUGUGGUCUCUCUGGACCCUCUGGUUGGUCUGAUCUGUCUGGUCCCUCUGGUUCCCCUGGACCCUAUGGUCCCUUUGGACGCUGUGGUCCCUCUGGACCCUCUGGUUGGUCUGAUCUGUCUGGUCCCUCUGGUUCCCCUGGUCCCUCUGGACCCCAUGGUCCCUUUGGACGCUGUGGUCCCUCUGGACCACAUGGUCCCUAUGAUCCCUCUGGAUCCUCUGGUCCCUCUGGAUCCCAUGGUCCCUAUGAAUGUUGUGGUCCCUUUGGACCCUCUGGUUGGUCUGAUCUGUCUGGUCCCUCUGGUCCCUUUGGACUUCAUGGUCCUGAUGGAUGCCAUGGUCCCUAUGAACGCUGUGGUCCCUUUGGACCCCAGGGUCCCUCUGGACCACAUGGUCCCUAUGAUCCCUCUGGAUCCUCUGGUCCCUCUGGAUCCCAUGGUCCCUAUGAAUGCUGUGGUCCCUUUGGACCCUCUGGUUGGUCUGAUCUGUCUGGUCCCUCUGGUCCCUUUGGACUUCAUGGUCCUGAUGGAUGCCAUGGUCCCUAUGAACGCUGUGGUCCCUUUGGACCCCAGGGUCCCUUUGGAUCCCAUGGUCCCUUUGGACUCUGUGGUUCCUCUGGACCCUCUGGUUGGUCUGAUUUGUCUGGACCCUCUGGACGUCAUGGUCCCUAUGUACGCUGUGGUCCCUUUGGACCCCAGGGUCCCUCUGGACCACAUGGUCCCUAUGAUCCCUCUGGAUCCUCUGGUCCCUUUGGAUCCCAUGGUCCCUUUGGAUCCCAUGGUCCCUUUGGAGCCCAUGGUCCCUUUGGACUCUGUGGUUCCUCUGGACCCUCUGGUUGGUCUGAUCUGUCUGGACCCUUUGGUCCUCAUGGACGUCAUGGUCCCUAUGUAA